UUCUCUCAGUUGUCAAUAGUUCCACUGACGAUGUGUGUGUGUACUAGGGGUCUAUGUGCGAAUGUGCGUGAAGGGACCUGGGCUUGUUCUCACCUCUAGUGUGAACAGUGUUUGUUUCAGAGUUUAUGCAGACAGUGACUAAGCUGUUUGUGAUUCUGCAAGCUUUGCACUGUGCGCUUGCCUUGAGUCCCCAAUGUGGCUCUGCAGAGGACAGUGGACUUAUCUUAUAUGUAGCCACUGCAAACAUCUCCGCACAGGAGCACGUGUGAGAGCAUCUCUUUGUGAUUCUGAGUAACCUGGCACAUUAAAAGAAGGAUCCUUCCCAUGUCAGCAUUUGGGAAUUAUGCUUUGGAGUCUGUCAGAGCUUUAAAAAGUGCAGCGAGGGAUCUCUCUCUCUGGAUGACAAAGUUUGUUUGAGAGGGGUGAGACCAGCAGCCAGCUCUAAUGUCUCUCCAUGAGUUUCUUCGGGAGGGCGGUGAGGCGUCGUUCCGCAUCAUGAACCGCCUCAGUCAUCUUAUGCAGAACUUGGACAUCUCUGGACUGGGCUCGGCUUUCCCUUUCAGCCCUGCCAGCCGCAAGAACUCUUGGAGAGCCUGGGAUGAUGAGAUCAUGCAGCUGGACAGCUGUCCUCUCCGCGCUGCUGACAUCACUCCUGACCUCCAAAAGAAGUUUGCCUUCCUUUCAGGAGGAAGAGGAGAUAAUGGCAGCCCCAUCAUUGUGUUCCCAGAAUUCCCUGCAUUUGGGGAGAUCACAGACAGGGAGUUUCACAACGUGUUGACCUACCUGACAAGCGUCCCAAGCUUGUCGUCAACAGGCGUGGGGUUCAUCCUGGUGAUUGAUCGCCGGCAAGACCGAUGGGCAGCUGUAAAGGGGACCCUGCUUCGUAUUGCAGGCUCCUUCCCAGGGAACCUCCAGCUGGUUCUGGUUCUGAGGCCCACUACCCUUCUGCAACGCACACUCUCCGACAUCCUCUUCAAGUUCAACAAGGAUGAGUUCAAGAUGAAGGUGCCGGUGAUUAUGCUGAGCUCUAUAACUGAGCUGCACUCUUAUAUUGAUCGAACCCAACUGACCCAGGAGCUCGGGGGAACACAGGAGUACUGCCAUGAGAAGUGGAUCUCUCACCGCACAGCUAUUGAAGGCUUUGCACUGAUGGUAAAGAAAACGGCACAGACUCUGCAGUCAUUUGGGACUGAGCUGGCAGAAACUGAACUCCCAAAUGAAAUACAGGCCACAACCAUCCUUCUGAGCACACACACCAGCAAGAAAGAAAAAAUGAAGGAGGAUAUACUGGUGGCUCUGGGUCAGGGCAGCAGGCUGUUGGAGAGCAUCAAUGAGCCUGUAGUGCGAGACCCCGACCACAACAUGAACCAGGAUGAACUGGAGAAUCUGGCUACAGUUCAAAGAUUGCUGUCUCAGCUGGACGAGACAGAACGAGCUUUUGAUGAGUUCUGGGUGAGACAUCAAACCAAACUAGAGCAGUGUCUCCAACUGCGCCACUUUGAGCAUAACUACCGAGAGGUGAGGGCUCUGCUGGAUCAGGUGUCUGAGAAACUUGCAACCUUCUCUGAGGUUGGGAUCAGUCCAGCCCAUGCUGACCACAUCUUCAUUGAGCUCACGACCUACGAGGAGAAAGUCUGUGAGGUUCUGGUCAGAGCUGCAGCCUUGUCCCAGGAGGGUGAUGAACUGAUCCAGAAGUCCCACUAUGCUGAGGACUCCAUUCAGCCCAAAUGCAGUGAGCUUAGAACAAUCAGUGAAACUGUGAACAACAAUCUGAGAGCCAAGAAGGACCAUCUCCUCAAAGCCAGGGAGCUACACCACCGGCUGGAGCGGGCAUCAAAGUGGGUUGAUGAUGGCAUAUACCUGCUGGCUUCUCAGCCGGUUGAUAAAUGUCAGUCACAUGAGGGCGCAGAGUUGGCCCUGCAGGAGCUGGAACGUUACCUGGAUAAUGCAGGCGAGAAUCAGCUGACAGACCUCAGCACCAUCUGGAAAGACUACGAGGCCGUGCUGAACCAGCAGUUUAGGGACCAAGUGGAGAAAGUUUUCCAGAAGCAGGCGUCCAUGCAGGAGAUGUUUGACAAGAGGAGAGUCAGCCUCAAGAAGCUAGCAGCUAAACAAACCAGGCCUGUGCAGCCAGUGGCCCCGAGACCCGAAGCCUUCAUCAAAUCCCCUCUCAGCUCACCUGCACGCAGAGCAAAGCUGGAGAAGAAAUGCUCAGAGACAGACUCCGGCAACUGUGAAAAAGGAAAUGGCCAACUGAAGAACGGAGACAGUAGCAGCAGACAUACCUCUCUGUCAGAGGAGGAGGAGAACCUGGCAGUGCUCAGGCGACAUGUUAUGAACGAGCUGCUGGAAACUGAGAGGGCUUAUGUGGAGGAGCUGCUCUGUGUCUUACAGGGAUAUGCCUCUGAGAUGGAUAAUCCAGCAAUGUCUCACCUUAUCCCUGCGCCUUUGCAGAACAAAAAGGAGGUUCUGUUUGGCAACAUGCCGGAAAUUUACCACUUCCACAAAAGAACUUUUCUGAGGGAGUUGGAGCAGUACACAGACUGCCCAGAGUUGGUUGGUAGAUGCUUCUUAGAGAGGAUGACAGACCUGCAGAUCUAUGAGAAGUACUGUCACAACAAACCUCGCUCUGAGAGCCUGUGGAGGCAGUGCUCAGACUGCGCCUUCUUCCAGGAAUGUCAGAAAAAGCUGGAGCAUAAACUGGGUUUAGAUUCAUAUCUCCUGAAGCCGGUUCAGAGGAUUACCAAGUACCAGCUGCUACUGAAGGAAAUGCUGAAGUACAGUAAGGGCUGUGAAGGGGCUGACGACCUGCAGGAUGCACUGACCUCCAUCGUGGGGAUCCUCAAGGCUGUCAAUGACUCCAUGCACCUUAUCGCCAUUACAGGAUUUGAGGGUAAUCUGAGUGAGCUGGGUAAACUGCUUAUGCAAGGGUCAUUCAGUGUGUGGACCGAGCACAAGAAAGGCCAUGCCAAGGUUAAGGAUCUGGCCCGUUUCAAGCCCAUGCAGAGACACCUCUUCCUCCACGAGAAGGCCCUGCUCUUCUGCAAGAGGAGAGAGGAGAACGGGGAAGGUUAUGAGAAAGCUCCUUCAUACAGCUUCAAGCAGUCCCUGAAUAUGAGAGCCGUGGGCAUCACUGAGAAUGCAAAAGGAGACAACAAAAAGUUUGAAAUUUGGUGCAACUCCAGAGAAGAAGUCUAUAUUGUUCAGGCACCAACGGCUGAAGUCAAAACAACUUGGGUAAAUGAGAUCAGGAAGGUCCUGACGACCCAGCUGGAGGAAUGCAGAGAAGCAAGCCAGCAGAGGGCACCAGAUCAGGCCACCCAUGCUCCACCUGUUCCCACUGGAACCGUAAGUCUCAGCCCAUUCAAGACAGGCCAGAAGGGCAUUAAAAAGGGAGAGGAGAAGAAAGCUGAGUCCUGCAGUCCUGAUGUCAAUUCCUCCUCUUCUGUAAAGGCUGCAGGGAAAGAUGAGGGUGUGACAAGCCCAACCUCAGACAGAGCUGCUGUGGCUAAAAAGCGCUUUACUUUACAGGGCUUCAGUAACCUCAAAGCUCAGAAAGAGCCCUCAAGUACUGAUGACAAAAGUUUUACAUUACCCAUGACAGUCUUCCCAUCAUCAGGAUCUCCCACCAGCCCAGAUCACAAGACGAAACGCCAGAGUGAUCCCACGCCAUUUGGCUUUAAAGAUGCAGGUCCUCCAGCCCUCCACCUGACCAGAGCCAGGUGGUUCAGCACCUCUAGUCUCUUACAGACAAAGUGGAGAGGCUGGAAUAAAGCCUCCCUGUCACUCGAUGCCUCAGGGGAACAUGACGGCUACUCCAGCGCUGAAGAUCCUCUUAACUCUGACCCAGAAGACGAAAAUGGCAAGAAGCUGUGUGCUGGAAAAUACACUGUGACGGCUGAGUAUGAGAUCGGUGGCGCUCAAGAGCUCUCUGUGAAGAGCGGAGAUGUAGUGCAGCUGGUCAAGGAGGGGGACGAUGGACAGUGGCUUGUGCGUAACUUAAACACAUCUAAGGAGGGUUGGAUUCCUGCUGCUAAUCUUAUCAACCUCAUUGGAAAAUCAAAGUCUUGUCAGUCUCUCACCAGCUCAGAAGGCAGUGGCUCUGGGAACCUCAGCACAUCAUCUAGCUGCAGUGAGACCUACACGAGCUUCUCUGAUAUCAAACCCUGAAAUACUCGGCACUUUCUUCAUCAUCAAACUGCCAUCAUUCCUACAUCAUGUGGCUAUCUGUACUGUUUUGCCAGCAUCUGUAAUUAUGAAUUUUGUCAAUUUUCCACAGAAAACAGAAGUUACAAAGGUAACUAUAGUUUUAUGAAUUCCAGGAUCACUGCCAGUGGCAGUAAACAAAAUGUCUCCUCAUAGUUUGCACGUGUUGAAAUCUUAUAUAAACAAAAUCAUAUGCAUGAUGUGUAGGCUACCUGUGUGUAUGCGCUGUAAAUAACUUGGUAGGCUACAUAUGAGCUCUAUGAAACUUGUCAUGCUGAAAUUUUCCAAGUGACCAGCAUGACUGGCAAUCAUCUUGGGUUCCACAGAACCACAAUCAUCUUUAUAACUUAUGUACUGUUUUACUUCGUCCUUUCUGCCAGUGGCAGUAAACAAAGUGGAUGACUUAAAGCAGGAGCAUCAAGAGGAACAGACAUCUUCUAGUCAACCAGUGGCUGGUAACGUGAAUCCACAGGCUGACAGAACCAUGCAACCGUACACAGUAUUCCCCAAGAUGCCCUGCACAGACUAUGCACAGAUGGAACACCCCACAUUGCUGUCCAGGAGGUGGCCACACCCCUGGUAGAGUGGCAGACGACACCUGAAGGAGGCAGGCACACCUGCUAUUCCAUAUGCCUGUUUCAUCCUGUUUACAAUUUGGUGGGAAUGCCCCGGUAUGAACACAUCUUUUCUCUUGUUCUUUUCAUUAUAAGAAAUCAGAGACAGGUUCCAAGUUGCAAUGCCCCCAUGUCCCAAUCUCCAAGGUCCUAGUACACCUAAUAGGAAAAUAGGAAAAGACCAGCAGAGCUUCAGCUCUUCCAAAAAGCUCCUCUUCUGAGUUGCCAAUAACAAAUACAAACUAGCUAGGAAAUCCAGAAGAGAUCCAAGUACUGGCUACUGCUCAUGACUGGAAUAUCUAGCAUAUUGGGAGCAAUCAGUUAACACAAUAGACGAUCGUGGCUCAAGAGUUGGCAGUUCGUCUUGUAAUCGGAAGGUUGCCGGUUCGAGCCCCGGCUCCGACAGUCUCGGUCGUUGUGUCCUUGGGCAAGACACUUCACCCGUUGCCUACUGGUGGUGGUCAGAGGGCCCGGUGGCGCCAGUGUCCAGCAGCCUUGCCUCUGUCACUGCGCCCAAGGGCAGCUGUGGCUACAAUGUAGCUUGCCAUCACCAGUGUGUGAAUGUGUGUGUGAAUGGGUGGAUAAUUGAACGUAGUGUAAAGCGCUUUGGGGUCCUUAGGGACUAAGUAAAGUGCUAUACAUAUAUAUACAAAUACAAGGUAAGGCAGAUGGACAAUAAGAAGGAAAGGCAAGAUACUUUUGUCAACCACAGCUUUAAGAGGGCAAAAGACUAUACUCUGACAACGACAGUCUGAAUGACAACCUCCUACUUGUGCAUCCAAGGGAUGCUUACCUCCCCAACAUAAAUUAUAGAUCAUUAAUUAUGAACCUAAAGAACAAUUAACCAAGAAAAAACACCAGGUUGACAGCAUGAAAAUCAAAGGGGCUAGGCGUAAGCUACCAGGGGGUAUUUCCAUCACAUUUUGCAUAUAGGAUCUCACCCUGUGGCAUAUGAGGAGACAUAUUUGUUUUGUUUUCCUGCCACUGGCAGUCAUGAAUGAAUGAAAAAGAAAAAGCAUUUUUUUCAUUUUUCUAACCUCUCACAUACACUGCACAUUGAGAAUGUUAUACAUUUACUGUGAAGGAACAAAACACAUGCAUAUGGUAAUUUCACUGUAUAGAUCUGUCAUGGAGACAGAAGAUCCACGUGCUGAUAAUGUAAUAGAUGUAUGAAUGGGCCAGCAGGACUGAUCUCAGUGAAUGCAUCUAUUUAUGCUCACACUAAAAGCGGGGAGAGGUUAGUGGACAACAGCUGUCUUUGUGUUCACAUGCACUAGUUUCCCCAGGAGUUCAUAUUUUAACUCUGAAUGAGAAAGAGGGCAAUGUCCACUUUCUUUAGCUUGAAUGAAUUUUUCCUGAGAGCCGCCUCUCUGUCCACUUUUUAAAAAAAAAAUGUUUAUUUAUUUGUAUGAAGCACCCACAGAUAUUCAUCCACUCUUUAAUUUUAUUGUUGUCUGUGAACUCUCCUCCUGUCUGCUGUCAGUCUGUCAUUAGAAACCUGUUCUGUCACCAGCUCUCCAGAGUUUGUGUGUGUGAGCUUUUGUCCUUUUGCUUUUGUCUCUGAUAGCCUGGUCGAAUUCUUUGUGCAUUUUCAUAUAUGCUACAGUUUUACAAAUGUAUUCAUGUGAAUAAUGGGAGAUCACUGUAUAGGCUAACUUAUUCCCAGCAGAGGGAAAAUGUUUGGAAUGUAGAUAUUGUUUAUUAAUAUGUGUCUGUCAUGAUAUGUUUGUUAAAGGAGAUGCUAUAUUGUACAUUAAGUAUGGUGAUGUCACUGCUUUGUGACUUGUCCAGUUUUUUUUUUUACAUAAAUGACUUGUGACAAUUCA